AUGGGUGUUGGAGGGAGGCGGAUUAGCAUAGAAGAGGACAUUGAAGAGGGUAGGUCGUCCAGCGGGCGCAGAGCUUGGCAAGGCGCUGGGACGGCAGGGCUCUGCUUGCCAUGCCCCCCCCCCACCCCGGGCCUGCGGGGCUUCCCGCGGCGCAGCCUCUGGCUGCUGCUGGCUCAUCAUCUCUUCGUGGUCACUGCCUGCCGGGACCCUGACUAUGGGACUCUCAUCCAGGAGCUGUGCCUCAGCCGCUUCAAGGAGAACAUGGAGACCAUCGGGAAGACUCUAUGGUGUGACUGGGGAAAGACCAUAGGGAGCUAUGGGGAGCUCACUUACUGCACCAAGCACGUGGCAGACAAGAUUGGCUGUUUCUGGCCCAAUCCAGAAGUGGACAAAUUCUUCAUCGCUGUUCACCAUCUCUACUUCAGCAAAUGCCCCAUCUCUGGCAGGGCCCUGCGGGACCCUCCCAACAGCAUCCUCUGCCCUUUCAUCUCGCUCCCCAUUACGGUCACGCUGCUCAUGACUGCACUGGUAGUCUGGAGGAGCAAGCGCACAGAGGGCAUCGUGUAGGUAUCCCAGGUGAUGGGGGAUUGGAAACCAUGGCCCUGGCCCUGCAACAGCAUCAGGAGCAGGUCCCACAUUGCAUCCCACCCUAGCCUAGUUAGCACAGGACUUGAGAGUGGCUCUGCGUUAAGCUGCGCAUGCCCUAGCCACAGGCUUCUAGCAGGGGAGCAGGGGCAUGCCUCUGUUUACCUCUGAGAGGGUGCUAAGCACCAGGUCUCUGGUAUACUUCAUCACCACUGUGGGCAUUCUGACCUCUGAGGAAGACUGCACAGAUGUGU